AUGGCAGCAAAAUAUAAUCAAAGCUCUACAUCUAAUCGAAAUAGAUCUAGUAAUUCUUCGGCUAAACUCAUUCAAUUAUCAAAGACGUUAUCUUGGCUUCUACGUCAUUCUGUAAUAAAAGAAGGCUUACAAUUUCAAUCUGAUGGCUACAUAUUCAUAGAUGAUGUACUUCGACAUCACUCAUUUGCUAAUAAAUAUACAAUCGAUGAUAUUCAUCAAUGUGUGGCGAUAAAUGAAAAGAAACGUUUUGGUCUUAAAAUAGAUGAAGCAACAGGAAAGGAAAUGAUUCGUGCCCAUCAAGGUCAUUCGUUAGAAGAAGCUAAUGUAGAGAUGAGAGAAAUUGUAAAUCCUGAUGAAUUUUCUACCAUAAUACACGGAACUUACACGAAACACUGGCCAUCGAUUAUGGAUAAAGGAUUAUCGAAAAUGAAUCGAACGCAUAUACAUUUUGCUCCUGGACUACCGAAAGAGUCUGGUGUUACUAGCGGGAUGCGAGGAAGUGCUAAUUUGUAUAUUUAUAUCGAUUUAGAAAAAGCAUUGAAAGAUGGUUUUAAAUUCUUUGUAUCUAGUAAUAAUGUUAUACUUUGUCCGGGCGAUGUAAACGGUUUCUUGCCAGUCCGUUAUUUCCGUUCAGUUGAAAAUCGUCGUGGUGAAAAACUUCCGAUACCUAUUGAUUCAUUUAAAACAAAUGACUCAGCAUGA